GAGAAUUAGAAUUAGAGUGGUGUUGCACAUGGUGAAUAUCGUGAUGCAUGUCGACAGAGAAAUUCGAGAUUUUUCUGGUGUCCCAAAUUUCUACCUCUUGGAAUAACACAUUCACAAGAAGUACAACUGAAAGAGGCAGCAACAUGACAGAAGAAAGUCCCAGAAAAAGGGCAAGACUGUGUGAAGAUGAGGUGGAUAGCCUUUGUAAACCUGAUCUACAGGAACACAUCAAGAAACAAGAUGAAUAUAUAGCAGAGCUGGAGGCAAGACUAGAAAUGAGCGCUGCUAGUACUAGUAACAAUGGAGAUGGAGAGGACAAGGUUCGUCAUCUCAAGGCGGCUCGGCGUGAACAGCUUCUGGUCAUGAGACUCACCACUAAGGAACAGGAACUUCAUGAACUAGCUACUCAGCUUGCAGAUAAAACUCAGAAUGCCAGCACAGCUCAGCUCCGAUCAGCUACAGUGGACCCUGCUCUUAAUCUCUUGAUUCAACGUCUCAAGAAAGAACUCGAAGAUAAGACGACUACUCUUCAGCAGGCACUAGAGGAUAUGGCAGCUUGGAAGUUCACCCAUGACAGUCAAACGGGGAAGCGUCUGAUGGCUCGGUGUCGCACUCUGUUCCAAGAGAAUCAGGAGCUUGGUAAGCAGGUGUCUCAGGGGAAGGUAGCUCAGGUGGAAGCGGAACUAGCUCUACAGAAAGAGAUCAAUGAGGAGCUCAAGACCAGUCAGGAUGAGAUGUAUGAGAUGGUGAUCCAACUGAACGACGAAGGGGAAGGCAUGCAGAGCACCAUCCUAGCACUGCAACAAGAACUCAAAGACAAACAGAUGGAGCUAACCAGAUUAACCUAUGCUGCAGAGUCGGCUGGCAUCCUUCUAACCCCGGUGUCAUCAGCUGACAUGAAACAUGAACAACAGAUUCAAGACAAUCAGGAGCAAAACAUGCAGCCUGAAAGUCCACCUAAUAUGCAGCCAGGUAGUCCACCUAAUAUGCAAGACAAUGAAGUGGGUAAGCAUGUAGAACCUUGUAAAGAGCUUGUAGAACAAGAAGAGGAGAAGAAAGAGGAGGAGGAGGAGGAGGAGAUGGAAGGGGACAUGGAGGAGGAGGAGGCAGUUGAAAAGCAGAUACCUGAUGUGAGAACUACAGAAUACAUAGAUGAUGAAGAGACGCCCAUGGAUGUGAUGUCUCCUCAUGACCCUGGUCUGACGGAGAAUAAGAGUUUGUCUGUAGAGCCGUGGUGUAACCCAUCCCACUUCGUGGAGUCACCCGCUAGCCCCGUAGAGGAGGAACAACUUAGAACAGCUGAAGAGCCUAUCAUGGGUGAUGGAGAAUUCAGGACAGAAGCACCAUCCAAGGAGACAUGCAAACUACCCAACGCUGCGGAUGAAAGGGAAAUCCCCCAAAUCCAAGGAGGGAAUUCCCCUGAAACGACAGACUCCGAUGGUCAGUUGUUAAUUGAAGACUACUCAACAGAGCAGGAUCAGGAGCGAACUACAGACUACAGAGACAACGAGAAGGAUGAAGAACCACAGGUCAGGACUCCACUGGAAGAAUCAUCGUCUCAGGGCAGCUUACCCAGUGAGGAUGGUCCAGAGGUUGAUGCGGUCAGUUCAAGGACGGGUGAAGAAGGGUCAGGAAUCUUGACCCCAGAUUUCAGUACAAACGGUGAUGAAAACCAUUCUGAACCCAUUCUUACCAUACCCCAAAAUAAUGGGAAGGAAUCGGAUAAUGGGAGGUUGGUGGGGGAUAAUGAGAAUUGUGAUGAUGAUGAUGAUGUUAAUGAAUUGAACACCUUGGUCAGAGAUCCUAGUACUUUUGGGGCUGUUAAUGAGGGAGGAGAGAUCGGCAGCAGUCUCGACGAUGAAUCCGACAGACAAUCCGAUAUUACCGAUAAACAAUCCGAUAUUACUGAUAAACAAUCCGAUAUCACGGAUAAACCGUCAGACAUUCAGACAAUCAGCCAGUCUGAAGAAACGACUAUUGAUAAUAAUAAUGGUUUAUCUAACCCGGGGGACGAUGGGCUAGACAGUAAUAUGUCCAGUCCUCAAUCGGAUCACAAUUGUGCAUCCGAUGGUGGGGAGGUUGUAAGAACAGACAAUGUGAUUAUCAACAAGUCUUUGAAUUCAAACUCUUACACUUCUAACAGUCCUGAUGAAAGGACUGAAUCAGCACAGUGUGAAGAGACCCCAGCUGCUGCUACAAACUCUACCAACCCUGAAGAAAUUUCUGUCUGAGUCGUUCAACAAUCACACUAGUACACCAGACUUGAAAUCAAACUUUAGACGGUGUAUCAGAAAAUCUAUGUACCUUGUUCAGCCUCAUGUUUUUUUUAUGUUCGAUGAAAAUGAUAAGUUGUAACAUGUCAUGAUAAUUUUGGUGCACUCAAAUAAUCUUUUUUUCUUUCCCUUGUAAAGAGAAACUAAUCUAUCAUUUUUUCAGAGAUGCCAACCAGUGAAUCCCCAGUGAAAUAUGAGCCCAGAUGCAAGUUUUGCUGUAAUAGAGCAUUUCU